GGGCGGGAGCCACCGAGCCGCACGGAGCCCGGCCCGCCGCCCGCGCCCCGCCGAGCCCGGCCCGCCCGCCGCUGCCUCGCCCCCAUGAUGGGCUCGGUGCUCCCCGCUGAAGCGCUGGUGCUCAAGCCCGGGCUGAAGCCGCAGGGGCUCUCGCUGGCCGAGGUGAUCACCUCCGACAUCCUGCACAGCUUCCUCUACGGCCGCUGGAGAAACGUCCUGGGCGAGCAGCUCUUCGAGGAGAAGAGCAGCCCCAAGACCGCCUUCACGGCUGAGGUCCUGGCUCAGUCCUUCUCCGGAGAGGUGCAGAAGCUGUCCAGCUUGGUGCUGCCGUCGGAAGUGAUCAUCGCCCAGAGCUCCAUCCCCGGGGAAGGGCUCGGCAUCUUCUCCAAGACCUGGAUCAAGGCUGGCACCGAGAUGGGACCGUUCACGGGCAGGGUCAUCUCGCCCGAGCAUGUGGACCUGUGCAAGAACAACAACCUCAUGUGGGAGGUUUUCAAUGAAGACGGCACGGUGCGGUACUUCAUCGACGCCAGCCAAGAGGACCACCGCAGCUGGAUGACCUACAUCAAAUGUGCGCGGAACGAGCAGGAGCAGAACCUGGAGGUGGUCCAGAUUGGGAGCAGCAUCUUCUACAAGGCCAUCGAGAUGAUUCCUCCGGACCAAGAGCUGCUGGUCUGGUACGGAAACUCCCAUAACACAUUCCUGGGCAUCCCAGGUGUGCCAGGGCUGGAAGAGGAGCAGAAGAAGAACAAACAUGAGGACUUCCAUGCGGUGGAGACGGGGGCCAGCACGACGGGGCGCAUGCGCUGCGUCAUCUGCCACCGCGGCUUCAACUCCCGCAGCAACCUGCGCUCCCACAUGCGCAUCCACACGCUGGACAAGCCCUUCGUGUGCCGCUUCUGCAACCGCCGCUUCAGCCAGUCCUCCACCCUCCGCAACCACGUCCGCUUGCACACCGGCGAGCGGCCCUACAAGUGCCAGGUUUGCCAAAGUGCCUAUUCCCAGCUCGCCGGGCUGCGGGCGCACCAGAAGAGCGCUCGCCAUCGGCCCCCCAAUGCCUCCCUGCAGGCUCACUCGCCGGCACUGCCCGUGCCCCAUCCUGCUUCUCUGGCCCAUCACAUCCCCACCAUGGUGCUGUGAAGCCCUCGGCGCAGCAGUGGGUUUUGGGACAGCAAAGACUGGCGCUGAGGCAUGCGAUGGACUUGGGGGGGGGGGUUGACCCUUGGCAGAGCUGGGGGGCAGAGGCAGGGCUGCUUUGUGUGUUGGUGGGGUUUUGGAGCAUCGCUGUUUGUGUGGGGUUUGGUAGGGGGGUUGGUGAGGGACCCCCCCCAGCUCUGUGAGCUGCACCAUGCGGGAUGCUCCCUGGGGAGACGUGGUGCAGGGUGGGUGCUCCUGGUCCCUGGGGCGGGCAGGGGGACAAGGGAUGCAGCGGGAUGUCCUGCGUGGAUUUGCUGGUGCAAUGGGACAUCCUAAAAGCUGGCUGGGCUGAGUCCUGCCUGGGUGUUACACAUAAUCUGAUGGAAGGAAAAGCUGCUCUUAUCCCUUCUCUGCUCCAGGGAGCGUCCAGCUGAUGCAUACCCCACUGAAAGGCUGGCACGGCCGCAUUCGUGCCUGUUUGGCUCCGGUGGCUCUUUCCAAGGGACACAUUUCCCUCAUCGGGAGCCCUCAUUGAGCAAAGGGUUGUGUUUUCCCCCACCCGAGCCCCCUCUCCUGCCCUCCUCCAGCCCGAGCCAUGCACUGGGGUUCGCCAGACCCCUCCGAGCGAUGCCAUGGGCAGAGGGGGGACAGGCCACGUUCCGCAGGGAUGCUCCCCGCUGGAAGUGCGCGUCCACAGGCAGGUUUUGUGGGGUCUGUUCCCCGGAACACUUCGGCUGUUACUUGUGCUGCCCUCUGGGGACAGAGAAAACCGGUCCCUGGGCCAGCUCUAUCCCCAAGGACAACUCCAAGCGCCCUCUGGAGUCCUGCCACACGCGAGAGAGGCGGGCUGUGUAUCAUAAAGCUCGAAAGAAGGUAUUCUAAUAUUAAUUAUAAGUCUAAGAUGUAUAAAGUUCUCACCAACUGUGUUUUACUUCCAGAGAAGAAAAAACAAGUGUCACUUUAACUCUGUAAAUAUUUAUGUAAACAUUAUUUACAAAACUUUGAUAUUAUAUAUUAUUUGAUUGUAUAUGUACACAGUGUAAAUACAUUUGUACCUCUCUCUUGUAUUCUAAAUAAAAAUUACUUGGAACAUUUAUCG